GUCCCUGCACCAAGUUGAAGAUACCCAACUUCCAGACUCCUGGUAGCUUCAACCUUUUGCUUCAAUGGAGGUUUCAGUAUCAGAAGAAGAGUUAUUGAAAGUGCUGGAUUCAUCUCUUUCUCACAUCAAAUGGCGGCUCAAAUCAGCGGCUAAGCGUCGGCUUGAGAUAGAUGUUCUAGGCUUGUGCACAGGAAUGAGGCCAGUUGUUAUGAUUGACUAUGGUGGAAAAAUGCCUGAACUGCAAGAAAAUCUGCUUUCAUUUCUUAAAUUUUGCCAAAAGGAAUCACCCAUUUUUGAGCACUUAAGGGUAAUGGUCAUCGAGGAUAUGAUAUAUUUGACACAUGUAAGAAGACUUGCUAAGUAUGUAACAUCAAGCUUGAACUCAGAAGAAGAAUUUCACUUUGUCGAUUUAGAACAGGAUCCUCCAAAGAUGAUAAAAGGUGCCAAGGAAAGUUCACUAGUCAUGCAACUUAUGUCAAUACAAAAGUUGUUAUCUCAGAAAUUUCCUGAUGAUGGGGGAGAUAGUGGUUGCAGCUCAUGUACAAAGACAGACUGUAUGGCGAAUAUGAAAUCCUCUACCAGUGAGCCUAUUUCUUCUCAGUCUUCUGAAUAUAUUGAUCUAAGUUGCUGUGUGCAGGACACUCAGGUCACAUUGCCAACUUUGAAUGGAUGGCUUCUUGGUUAUCCGGUGGUGUACUUAUUUGGCAGGGAUCAUAUAGCAGAUGCUAUUUACAAUCUAUCCACCAAGUCCCUUCGGAUCUUCAGAGUUCUGGUCUCCAGGAACAAUAUUGAUAAGGUUUCUCAAUCAGAAGAACUGAUGAGUUUCUCAGUGCCAUAUGACCUGAGCAUGGGAGGGAGGAAGGAGCCGUGGGCCGAAAUGUUCCUGACACAGAUGCAAUCAAAACGGGAAGAGUGUAAGCAGACUUGGAAGUCCUUGGAGAUGGAGGUACUUGAGUGCUAUCCACAAGCAAUUGUGUUGUAGUUAAAACAUAUAUAAAUUUAAAAACAAAAAUUAAAUAAUAUGUUUGUGGAGCCGUAAUCUCACUCUAUUUUUGUGUUUUUCAAGAAAUAGUUAAAUGAAAUUCUGAGUGGUACAAGAGAGAAAGAAAGAAAAAAGGUUCCCUUUAUGGUUUUACCCUAACCAUUACCAAAA